AUGGUGAAGAAGGUACAAGAGAACUACGUAGACGAUUACUUCGCCGACUCAGGCCCACCCGAAGACGAUCUGAUGCAGUCGUUCAGUUUCAGCGAUGACGACGGUUUCGAGAUAGAGGGUCCGGUUGUCGAACUUGAAUCACCUCCGUCAUCAGCGCCCUCGAGUCCGGAGAUCUUGCGACAUGUGGACAGGGACGAGAUCGAUGGGUAUAUCACUCAGAUCACAAAGAAGAUCGCCAGGGGCAGGAGAUCGAGGAGGAGCGAUAACAAGCAUAGUGAGGGCGACGACCUUGCACCGAAGAAGCAGCGCGCAUCAGAGGAAGACGGUGCUAAGGAGAAGACUGAAGUAGAGGAGUUGCCUUUACCCUGGGCGCUGGACAAGUCCCUGGAACUAGACAGCCAAGACGAUGAAGAAGUCUCACUCUCUGAGGACGAGAACGACCUCUAG